AUGGCUGCUAUUCGUGUCCCCAGGUUCUUGCAGCAGCCCCGGCGGCUGUAUUCAGCCGUCGCAUCCCCUUCGUCACGACUCAACCUACCAAUUGACUACAAGACCACUCCUCUCCUUCAUCACACCUCGUCGUCUCUCACCCAUAACCUUGACCUACCUAGCUCCACGACCUCGAAGUCCCUAAACCUCUACCAGGCUAUCAAUUCCGCCCUGCGAACAGCCCUCGCGUCAUCGAAUAAGGUAAUGCUUUUCGGGGAGGAUGUCGCGUUCGGCGGUGUUUUCCGAUGCUCCAUGGAUCUCCAGACCGAGUUUGGCUCGGAACGAGUCUUCAACACCCCGUUGACGGAGCAAGGGAUUGCCGGAUUUGCGAUUGGAGCUGCCGCGCAGGGAAUGAAGCCCGUCGCCGAGAUUCAGUUCGCCGAUUACGUGUUUCCCGCAUUCGAUCAGAUCGUCAACGAAGCGGCCAAGUUCCGGUAUCGUGAGGGUGGCACAGGAGUAAAUGCAGGUGGAUUGGUAAUACGAAUGCCUUGUGGUGCGGUCGGUCAUGGAGCUCUGUAUCAUACACAGUCACCGGAGGCUCUGUUUGCCCACAUCCCGGGUGUCCAUGUGGUUAUGCCGCGGUCACCAUCACAGGCCAAGGGUCUUCUCCUGUCUGCAAUUUUCGAGCGAAAUGACCCCGUGGUCUUCAUGGAGCCGAAGGUCCUGUAUCGAGCAGCAGUGGAGCAUGUUCCGAACGAAUACUACACCAUUCCCCUGAACAAGGCAGAGAUUGUGAAACCUGGAAAUGACCUGACGAUUAUUUCCUACGGUCAACCGAUGUAUCUCUGCUCCUCAGCUAUUGCUGCUGCUGAGAAAGCCCUGGGUGCUAGCAUCGAACUGAUCGAUCUCCGAACAAUCUACCCGUGGGAUCGGGAGACCGUGCUUGACAGUGUUAGGAAGACUGGGCGAGCGAUCGUGGUACAUGAGAGUAUGAUUAACUAUGGAGUGGGCGCUGAAGUGGCCGCCACGAUUCAAGACGGAGCGUUUCUGCGGCUGGAAGCUCCUGUGAAGCGGGUUGCGGGAUGGAGUACACACACUGGACUUGCGUAUGAGAAGUUCAUCUUGCCGGAUGUUGCUAGAAUAUAUGAUGCUAUCAAACAAACUCUGAAUUAUUAA